AUGUCGUUGCCGCGGGGUGUCGGUCUUGGUGUCGACGUAGGUCAAUUAAUGCAACAUCAGCAACAACAGCAGCAACAUCACGUGUUACCAGCCGCGUUUUUUCUUCGUGCUAGUGCUGAGAGAUAUCAAAGGACACCGAAGUGUGCAAGAUGCCGUAAUCACGGUGUUGUUUCCGCGUUAAAGGGUCACAAACGAUACUGUCGUUGGCGGGAUUGCGUAUGUGCGAAAUGUACAUUAAUUGCGGAGAGACAACGGGUCAUGGCUGCUCAGGUCGCGUUAAGAAGGCAACAAGCCCAGGAGGAAAGUGAAGCCCGCGAAUUGGGCCUGCAACUGCAAUAUAAUGCUGGCAGCUGCACUACUGCUCCCGUGUUGCCUGGCGCAGCGAGUGCUACUACGCCAGCUGGCAGUCCGCCCCCGCACCCGGCCCAUGUAGCAAGUCCUGCCGGUUUAGCAAUUCCAGCGGCUGCAGCAGCCGCGGCCGCGGCUGCCGCCGCGCACAUUCAAACGCAACUUCAGCAUCAGCAACCUGAUUGCAGUCUUUUGCAGCGGAAGAGACUUCCUCAGGAUGAAUAUCGGCAGCCCAAGAUCGAGAAACAAGAAUCAAUCGUCGGUGGAAUUGCCGGCACAAAGAGGUCGAGAAUCUCUGAGAGCACUACGGGAACAAUGCUUUCCACGAGCGACACCGGUAACGAAGACGACCGUGACUCCGACUCUGGUGGAGAACUUCUUACUGACCGUUCAUUGGCAAUUCCAACGUCAAUUGGAAUAACGGAGAACGAUACAAUGCGGAAACGAUCAAACAGCCUGAACGAUUCUGAGGAUGGAAGUCCGGAACCAGGCUCCCAGAGCCCGACGCAUACACCUCCAUUAACGCCAGCAUUGACACCGCAAAGAGAGGAUACGCCAGCGCCAGAAAAUCUCAGCCUUCGCAAAAGCGGAAGUCCUCAGCAAACGCAACAGACGCUUCAACCGGUGGACUUGGUACAGCCUAGACCCAGUCCUCCACUACCUUCGUUGGCGGCCGCAGCGACCGCGGUACAUUUUCCACCUUAUGCUCCCCUAUAUGGUCCAGCAGCAAGUUCGCUUUAUUGUUCUCCAGCAUUAUACCAGCAUCAACAUCAUCAUCACAUGCCAGAGCCCCGUGAGAUUCAAAUGCAGAUGCAGAUGCAAAAUAUUCAACAGACUUGCGGCCUUCAAUUGCAGCAGCAACAACAGCAACAACAGCAGCAACAACAACAGCAACAACAACGAUCGCCUGUCGACGUUUUGUUGCGAGUGUUCCCGGGAAGACGUCGCGCGGACGUCGAGGCUCUGUUGCACCGGUGCAAAGGCGACGUGGUGUCCGCUAUGGAGGUGUUGGUCUGCGAGGAUAGUCUCCAGCCGAAAUCAGCUUUCUCGCCUUUGGCAGGCGCAUUGGCGUCGGCUGCGGCCGCGUCCGCCUCGGUCUCGGCCGCGUACGCGAGCAGAGCCGCGUACUGCACCACUCCCAUCCCUUCGACCAGGCACAGGUUCCUGGCCGCUCCUUACGCAGGAACCGGCUACCUGCCCACAGUGAUCAAGCCGCCCAAUCAGAGUCUUCACGCGAACGGUACGAGUGACGCCUAUCAGGAGACCAGUCCCGACGACGCCAGCGACAAGACGAGCUACUCCGAGUGACCGGACGACGCGCAGGCCGCCACCUGGUCUUACCUGCAAUAGCCUAGGGACGACGGGGGGAGGGACUUCGGCCGUGGAAAUGGCUGCCUGAAUCACGGGGAGGACGGAACCUGAAAAUCAUAACAACAUGCGAGUCGUGAGGAUUUUCACGAAUUUCUUUCUGAUUGGGUGAAAAUCAUUGAGAUGGGAACAAUUUAGAAAUUUUGUAGAGGAUUGAUAGAGCGAGAGAUUAGGAAUGAAUAAUUUUAAAAAGGGAGAAACUGAAAUAAAUAGAUAUGGAGCAAAUUUUUGA